AUGAGUAACAGAGAUUAUGACCAUUUGUUUAAACUUGUCAUUAUUGGAAAUAGUGGAGUUGGUAAGUCAUCUCUACUUAUAAGAUUCGCUGAUGAUACAUUUAGUGAAAAUUAUAUCUCCACCAUUGGAGUUGACUUUAAGUUAAUUCAAAUAUUAAAAUAGGUUUAAAACCUUUAAAUUAGAUGGCAAAGGCUUAAAGUUAUAGAUUUGGGAUACUGCUGGUUAAGAAAGAUUUAGAACAAUUACAAAUUCAUACUAUAAAGGAGCUGAUGCGUACUCCAAUAUUUACUAAGCAAUAGAAUUGUACUUGUAUAUGAUACUACUUGCUUAUAAUCAUUUGAGGAAAUUGAAAAAUCUUGGUUAGAUGAAAUAUACAAGCAUGCAGACAAGAAUACAACCAUUCUUUUGAUAGGAAAUAAAAGUGAUUUACCCAAUAAAACUGUGUCAACAGAGAGGGCUUAAGUUUAUGCAAAAGAGAAACUUAUGUUAUUCAAAGAAACAAGUGCUAAAACAUCACUUGGUGUCUCUUAAGCAUUUGAAGAAUUGUCUAGAUUACUAAUAAUUAAGAAAAACUUGACAUAAGAAGAAAAAAAAUUAAAGAGAAAUUAAAAAAAAGUAUGGAUUCCUUUUAUUAUUUAAAGAAUACAACUACUGCAGAUUUUGAUAAGAAACAAUCUUAUGAGGCUCAAAAUGAACCAAAAGACAAUGUUAAUUUAUGGUUAAGACCUAAUCCAAAAUAGGAAGAUAAAAAAUAAUAAUAAUAAUGUAAUUGUUGA